AUAACCCCACCAAAUGGUUGAAAAUUUUUAGCCGUUUUAUAUUUUAAUUUUUUAUCGUAUUGAUAUCAUGUGAAACUUUCUACAUAAUUAUCAUGCUGAUCUUUACCGAGUGGCUACAUAUACCUGAAUAAACUCUCGACGUGAUAUAUUUUUUUCAGUCUGCAAGAGUCUGUGUUUACUAAAAAGAGUGAAGUGAAAAAUGAACGAGCGAAUAUACAUUGUUCAAUAAUGAGAUCUAGACUUGUAUUAUUAAGUAUUGCUUCAUUAUGUAUUAUUUCAGUAUUGUUCAUAAUAUUAAGAGUGGUAGAUGUUAAGGUUUAUAUGCCAAAUAAAAUACAAAUCUCAGACACAGAGAAUGACUUAAACUACCUGGAAGAAGUGCAAAAGGCCAAUUUUGCUCUGCAGGAAGCCUCUAUGAGAAUUAAAGAACUGGAACAAAGGCUAAAUGCUGUGGACAGUCGAGUGCCAAAAACCUAUCCAGAUGUAAAGUUCCUCAACUAUGUUACCCGGAAAAGAAUCCUGAUAACUGGUGGUGCUGGAUUUGUUGGAUCUCACUUAGUGGACUCAUUAAUGCUGCAAGGGCAUGAAGUCAUAGUAGUUGACAACUUUUUCACCGGCAGGAAAAGAAAUGUGGAACAUUGGGUUGGGCACGAAAACUUUGAAUUAAUACAUCAUGAUAUUGUCAAUCCUAUAUUUAUAGAAGUAGAUGAAAUUUAUCACUUAGCUAGUCCAGCCAGUCCACCACAUUACAUGCACAACCCAGUCAAAACAAUUAAAACUAACACCAUGGGCACCAUAAAUAUUCUUGGACUUGCUAGAAGGUGUAAUGCCAAAGUACUGAUUGCGAGCACCUCUGAAGUUUAUGGGGAUCCUGAUAUACAUCCACAACCUGAAACAUAUUGGGGUCAUGUAAAUCCUAUUGGCCCAAGAGCGUGUUACGACGAGGGAAAACGUGUCUCAGAAACCCUUACAUACGCCUACGCCAAACAGGAGAAGAUGGACGUACGCGUAGCCAGGAUAUUCAACACGUUCGGCCCCAGGAUGCACAUGAACGACGGCCGGGUCGUCUCCAAUUUCAUCCUGCAGGCUCUCAAGAAUGAGGACAUCACUGUUUAUGGAAGUGGGAAACAGACCAGAUCUUUCCAAUACGUUACGGAUUUGGUGGACGGCCUGAUUAGUUUGAUGAAUUCAAAUUAUUCGCUGCCUGUUAAUCUGGGGAAUCCCAUAGAACAUACGAUAAAUGAAUUUGCGACGAAAAUCAAAGGACUAGUAGGUGGAAAAAGUAAAAUAGUCCACCUGGACGGUGCCAUAGACGAUCCCCAGAGAAGGAAACCAGACAUAAGCAGGGCGAAACAGUACAUAAACUGGGAACCCCGUUACGACAUAGACCUAGGUUUGAAAAAGACGAUCGAUUAUUUUAGACAAGAGUUGAAGGAAGACACCUACACUCACAGAAGCAAGAACCUCAUCGAAGAUCACCCGAGCUAAUACAUAUUGUUUUUGUUACUUGUUUUUGCUUGUUUACCAAUUUUAUGUGAUUUGUAAAUUUAACAAUUGUUUAUUAAAUAUUUAUUAUUA